CACAUGCGCCACUACACCUUCCGCCGCCUGACAGACCAGCGGGGUCCCGCCGCCACGGCCUCCAAGGCCCGCGGCGUCGCCCCCGUUGCCGCAGCAGCGACAGCAGCAGCUUCCCAUCCCGGCGCCCUGGGAUCAGGUGCCCCAGGCAGCGCGGGGAUCGAGAUGGUCGGGCCGCCCUCCUCCCUGGCGGGCGGCGGCGGCGGCGCAGCUGCAAACGGCGCGCCGACGGCGGCCAACGAUUUGGUCAACCCUUUCGCUGACCAGAGCAGGGCGGGCGCUGGCGGGUUCUCGACGCUCAACCUGUGA